GAAAGCUUUUGCAAAACUUACCUUCGGAAUCUCCACUGGAGAGGAGUUGGCCAUCAAGUUUACAGAGAUUUCGAAUGGCAAAUGGGCUUUUAAAGGAGAUAUAUCACCGCCAUCGUAAAUUUUUACACCGUCGCAUCCCAUUUUAUCCCACCAUAUCCCACUAUGCAUUUGUUGGGUGUUCUCAUGGAAAGGCAAUGCCUAAGCACACGUUUAUAAACAUUCAGAGUAGUAACUACAUUGGGUUUUGGUGUGAUUGGUCUAAUGGUGAUGGUGCGGUGAUGAUGAUUGGUGGUGGAGGAAGUGCUUGUGACAGAGCAGAUCAUGGUGUUGGAAUAACAGAGGAAGAUCAAGCGAAGUUUGGUGGAAGUACACCUCGCCAUGAUUUUGGCUACAACGUUGCACCUUCAACGUAUUCAUUCAAUUUGUGGGUUCGUUAGAAACCAUCAGUUAUAAAACAUUUUAGAUUGGCGAAAAUACCAUUUAUCAAUUUGUUAUAUAUAGCGGCAACAAUUAAACGCUACGCAUGGGUAUAAACAGGGAUAAUGGC